UCACUGGAUAAAUUGCAGCCGACGAUGGAUUUCCAAUUGCAUCUUCCACCCAGGGAUAUAAAGUUUGUGCCGAUAGAAUUAUCACUGGAAUGUUCAGCCUUUAUCUACAACUUGGCUGCUCUAACUUUGACACUCAUCCUGAUGUUGACCUCAAGACUCCAGAUCUCGUGAGGAAAUAUGGAUAUCCUCUGGAGAUUUAUAAUAUUGUGACGAGGGACGGUUACAUUUUGGAGCUCCAUCGAAUUCCAAAUAGUCGGUUCAAUAAAAAUAGGCGACAAUUAAAAAAAAAGCCAGUUCUUCUUCAGCAUGGUUUAGCCGGAAGUUCUGCAGAUUGGGUUCUAAUGGGACCGGAUAAGUCACUAGGAUUUUUUCUCGCUGACGCCGGUUUCGACGUCUGGCUAGGAAACAAUCGGGGGAAUAUUUACUCCAGAAACCACACGUUCAUGACACCAACCGACCGUUAUUUCUGGGACUUCAGUUUUCAUCAACUUGGAAUGGAGGAUUUGCCGGCAAUGAUUGAUUUUAUUUUGUCGCGAACCGGAAAUGAGAGGCUCUUCUUCGUGGGACAUUCCCAAGGGACGACCCAAUUUUGGGUGAUGGCUUCAGAAAGGCCCGAGUAUAAUUCGAGGGUCAUCCUGACUGUCGGCCUCGCGCCCGCAGCCUUCACCGGCAAUCUACGCGGUCCGGUUAGAAAACUAACGAAGCUGACAUACUUUGGUGUGUGGGUCGGUGAAAAUUUUGGUUAUCCAGAGUUCGGAUCACGUACCGCUUGGGCAAAGUUCGUGUCCAACUUAGUUUGCGACAGUAAAGCACCAACACAAUUUAUUUGCAGUAAUUUGUUAUUUUUAGUCGCGGGUUUCAGUCAUGGGGAAUUAAAUAUGGAAAAUUUGACUGUGAUUAUUGGUCACGUUCCAGCUGGCGCAUCCUGGAAAUGUUUUAUUCAUUUCGGACAAGGAUUCAUCCAUCCAGGACACUUUAGACAAUUUGAUUAUGGAAACACUCAACUUAAUAUGAAAGUUUAUGGCUCUCCUUUUCCUCCAAAGUACUCUUUGGAAAAUGUAACAACUCCAGUUGCUUUAUUCAGCAGUGCAAAUGAUUGGCUUGCAGCGCCUUCGGACGUGGAACUGCUUCAAAGUGGACUAAGCAACGUUAUUCUUAAUCACAAGAUUCCGAUGAACAAUUUCAAUCACUAUGACUUCAUUUGGGGAAGAACUGCUGCACAAAUGAUAUUCGAGCCAGUUCUUCAAUUACUUCGAAGUUAUGAAUAAGAAGCUACUAAUCAGUUUUCAUUGAUACCAAAGUUUAAUACGAAACCAAAAAGUUCAAAACAUUUCUAAUAAACUUACCGUUUUUUAAAACCAAAAAAGUAACACAAUGUUACUUUAUAAUCUAGUCACUGAAAUAAAAUUUACACUC